GGAACCUCUAGAAUACAAGAGGAAAUUAAAAGAGUUUGAAUAAAGAAACCUGCUGAAUAACAUCUCUCCAACCAUGCAGUUGCCACUAAGCUCUCAUGCUGGAACUCCUCACAGAUUCCCAGAGCUAAAAACAAAACUGAAUGCAGAAUAAGGUUCUGUAAUGGGCUUUCUUGAUUUGCUCCACUUUCACCUGAUGAAGGAGGGUUUCGAUAAAAAGAUCUUCAGAGUCAAGAUCAUCCUGUGUUCAGCGCAAAAUCAUCUAUGACGCCCGAAUUAGCAAUGACCGAUAACGUAAUCUUAGCAGCUUUGUCUUUCCUCUCCUAUCAUGAUACCCAGAAUCAUUUUCCACACUAGAACCAUCACACCCACAUAUUAAAUUUCCUUCCUCAAACCCCUCCUCCCCUUUUCCCCAUGGUUCCACCCAUCUUCAUCUCCAUUGUAUUUUUACCAGUAACAUCUUCCCUCAGGGAAAUGCUUGCCCAACUCUCAGAAAAGCCUCCAAAAUCUCCAACUUGCAUUGAUUUCCUUCGCCGCAUUCUUGAUCUGAACAUCAACUUGAUUCAUUUAUGGACGAUUAACAACACCGCCGCAAUCACCGGAAACAGCCUCCAUCCGGAGGUCAAAAACACUUCCACUGGACAUUGCAGCAAAGAAGACCCACCUCCUUUUCCUUCACAACGAUAAUGAAACUGUAAGCAGCUCUCUCAACGUCGCAGCUGAAAACCCUAACUUGAAGAGCAAGUGAUCAAUUGUUUUCCAGGCUUGGAAGAAUUCCUUUCCUUUGUAGUUCAAGGGACCGCCGGAGCAGACGGUGCCUACGUGGACGAGGGUGGACCCAGAAAUGGGGGUCGGAAGUUGAUGAAAUCUUCGAUGAUUUCGCACCAUGAACAGUCCCAUUGCAGGAGCCUGAGGUUUCGCAGAUGAAAAUUUUUCUUGGGGGCCCGUUUGUUUGGCUAGAAGAUUAGUUGGGUUGAAGAAAAAACCAUGCAGGAAAUUGGAUUUUGAAUGUGUUGGAAGCAUAGAGCAUCUGUGAAUUUAUUUCUCCAAUCACAUACAUGGUACAAAUCUUCCCCAUUUUUAAAAAUGAAAAUUCCAUCACUUGCCACUUCGUUGAUUCGAAAACCCAUCAAAUACAAACAUAAAUCACCUUGAGUUGCCAUUUGAGUUGAAUCAUGGGUGGUGAAAUAAACACAGUUUCAUUGUUUGUAACGAUAUUUUGUGGGCAGUUACUUGUCGUUUUGGUGUUCCAAAUAGUAUAAUGGCCGGCCAUCAUAGUAACAUCAACAUAUCAAAACUGUUCCCAAUAUCACAUAAUCCUCUCGUCGUCUCCCUUUUAGGCUCUCUUUCUUGUUCUUUCUUCCCUAAACCUCUCUGUAAUUUCAUCAAGAUGAACGACCUGCUCACGGAUUCAUUUGUUGGAGAUGCCAAAGUUCAGCCUCCCAAAGAAAGAGACAUCGAAAUGGGAACCCGGGUUCUGAGGACUAACUCAGAUUUGGGAUUGGAAGCUUUCAAUAAGCAGAUACAAGAGGUUGAGAAGCAGGUGGAUAAGCUCACAUUCUUACUCAAGAAACUUAAGGAUGCUAACGAGGAGUCGAAGUCUGUUACCAAAGCGUCUGCCAUGAAAGAAAUCAAGAAGCGGUUGGAGAAAGAUGUUGAUGAAGUGGGAAAGAUAGCACAAAAUGUCAAAGCAAAACUAGAAGCAAUAAACAGAGAUAACUUAGCCAAUCGAAAAAAGCCUGGCUGUGAAAAGGGAACAGGUGUUGAUCGAUCAAGGAAAAACAUGACAAAUGCAUUGACAAAGAAGUUCAAGGACCUAAUGAUAGACUUUCAGGCCCUCAGACAAAAGAUGCAAGAUGAGUACCGCGAGGUUGUGGAGAGAAGGGUCAUGACAGUUACUGGAACCAGACCAGAUGAAGAGACAAUAGACAACCUGAUAGAAACUGGAAACAGCGAGCAAAUCUUCCAGAAGGCAAUUCAAGAGAUGGGUAGAGGACAGGUGCUGGCCACACUGGAAGAAAUUCAGGAAAGACAUGACACUGUGAAGGAAAUUGAGAAGAAGCUCCUUGACUUGCAUCAGAUUUACCUUGAUAUGGCUGUUCUAGUGGAAGCCCAAGGAGACCUGUUAAAUAACAUUGAAAACCAGGUGACAAAUGCAGUGGACCAUGUGCAAUGGGGAACAGAUGCUCUCAGAACAGCAAAGAGCUUGCAAAAGAAGUCAAGAAAAUGCAUGAUGUUUGCCAUCAUCCUCAUCUUGAUUAUUGCAGCCAUUAUCACUCUUUCUGUCCUGAAACCUUGGAAAUAGUCUGCAGAAGAAUUUGAAGAAUGGUGAAUUUGAUUUUCUUCUUCCUCAGUUCUUUUCUGUUAUUUAUUUACCAGAGUGUCCAUUCAAAUAACAGCCAUUAAAGAGUUGCGGUUGCUUCAUCCCCUUGUAUUUUUGCUUCCCUGCUUAGUUUUCUUAAUCAAAAUUUAUGAACAAUGCAGAAUAACAAUUUUGCAAGGCAUUCUCACCUUUGAGUCUUGGCUUA